AUGAGCGAGGCCAGUGACAGCAACGUGAUGCAGCCCGUAAACCCGAAGCCCUUCCUCAAGGGCCUGGUCAACCACCGCGUGGGUGUCAAGCUCAAGUUCAACAACACCGAGUACAGGGGCACGCUCGUGUCUACGGACAACUACUUCAACCUACAACUGGAAGACACCGAGGAGUUCGUUGCAGGCGUCUCGCACGGUGUCCUGGGCGAGAUCUUCAUCCGCUGCAACAACGUGCUCUACGUCAGACAGCUGCCGAACUGA